CAGGACAUUACUGGGAGAAAAGAAAGCGAGGCGGUUGAACUACCUGGAGGAGCUCAGAACAUCGUUAAAUGGACUGAAGAAGAAGAUGAUGGACUUUGAGAAAGUCGCACAGACCUGUGAACAUGCAUCCAGACAUAACCAGGCUGAGGCCAAAGUUACAGAGGGGUGCAUGAAAAAGGAAUUUGAGAGUCUUCAUCAGUUUUUGAGGGAGGAGGAAGCAGCUAGACUGCUUGCACUCAGGGAGAAACAGGAGAAGAAGAAGAGAGAGGCGGUAGAUUGGAUAGACAGAAUGAAUCAGGUGAUAAAAUCUCUGGAGGAGAAGAUCCAACUGAUUGAAGAGGAGCUGAACACAGGAGGAGAUGGGGCUGAAUUUUCAGAGCAUUACCAAGACACGCUGAAUAGUACAUGGGCAGGUAGAAGUGUGCCACAACAGGUUAGCAGACCUCUAAUAGAAGUGGCCAAACACCUGGGUAACCUCCAGUAUGCUGUGUGGGAGAAGAUGAAACACAUCGCCCCCUACACUCCAGUGACCCUGGACCCUAGGACAGCUGGCCAGUCUCUGAGGGUGUCUCCUGGUUUAAACAGUUUCCAUUUCACCCCUGGACCCUCACAGGAUGCUGCUUUCUCUGUCCCAGCUAACCCUGAACGUUUCCACCCUUAUUCCUGCAUCCUGGCAAGAGAGGGCUUUGACUCCGGAGUGCACUGUUGGCAUAUUGAGGUUGGUGACACCAAUAAUUGGACAGUCGGUGUGGCUGCACAGUCUGUGUCCAGGAGGACAGAGUUUGAGGCCUGUCCAGAGGCAGGACUCUGGUGUAUCAGCCUGCGAGACGGCAAGUACCAAGCUCUGACCACUCCCUCUGAAGACCUAAAUCUCAACAACUCACCCCACCUUAGAAGAGUCCGUGUGAAGCUGGACUGGGUUGAAGGGACGUUGGAAUUCAUAAACGCUGAUACUGCCACACAUCUUUUCACAUUUAGAUAUUGCUUUACUGAAAAGGUCUACCCAUACUUUGAGAGUAUAUCGCUGUGUGGAGGCCUUGCUCUGUUGGCACAGAGCGUGAACAUCAGAGUGGGGUCAGAUUAUGUCCCUGUGGAAGACACUGCUAUCACUGAGGGGGAUCGGGUGAUGAACAGCAAAUCCUGCACUGAGAGAGACAUUGACACUGCAUCGACUAACAGCAGCAAGAUGUCAGAGAGCAGAUGUCUGACUGAAGAGAAAAACUCAGCAAUUGGUUCUGUGCGAGAGGAGAAGAACACCAAACCUCAAGGAUGCACCAGGAAGGACCAGCUCAUUAAAACAAAGCUGGCUGGAAAGGAAAAGAAAAAAGACAAAAACAGAGCAGCAAGCCCAGGUUCAGUCCUAACUAAUAUGUUUCACUGA